GCUACCCGCAACCCCAGCCGCGAGCGCGGAUCCGCAAACGGCCCCAUCCAGCAUCCGUGACCUGCCUACCUGCCGCCUGCCUCCCUAGCCCGCAUCCGCAUACGACCGUGCCGGAUCCGCAUCCCGGCGCACGCGCCCAUGGCCCCUCCCCGCGUCCUGGAGCGAAGCACGUCGCCCGAGGACGGGCCCCGAGCCAUCCUCGCCGCUGCCGAGACCGUGACGGGACUGGUGCUCGACGACGACGCCGAUGUCGAGGCCUUCGUCGCCGAAGACUCACCCAGCCCCGUUCCCGAGGAGGACCGGGUCGGCAGCCCGAAACUGCCGAGUGCGACAGCUGGCAAGACCAAAAGCCCAACACAGCAGAGUGGUUCGAGAUCGGGGAGGCAUGGCGGGAAAGGGUCCGCCGCCGCCAAGGCCGCCCACCUCCCUGGCCAACCCAUAGUGCCGCGCAAGGUCGAAGACUGGGAGCCUUGGAAGGACAUCCUCCACCAGCUCUACAUCACACAGAACCGCAUACUCCGAGACAUCAUUGGCAUCAUGGAGACCAAGUACAACGUACGGGCAACGCCGAAAAUGUACAAGAACCAGUUCGCGAGAUGGGGCUUUUUCAAGUACGCCGUCAAAAGGCGCUCGCGAGCCCAGGCCGAGUCGCCCACCGGCAACCACUCGGACGACUCGCUCGACUCGAUCGACUCGCUAGACUCGUUCGACACUCUGGACGGCGCACUGGUGCUCACGCGAGACGCCCUGAUGCACGAGAGCGAAGGGGCCUACGUCAGGCAGCUCGGCUUCACCGCCGUCCGCCGCUUCCUGCACGGGCACAUCGACCGAAACGCCGCCCACCUCACGACCGAGGAGGUCGCCGGCUUCGUCGACCCGUGCUACAGGUACUUCAAAGUGGCCAUGGACCUCUUCGACAUCGAAGAGUACGUGGAGGGCGGCCGGGUGCUGCGGCUCGCCUUCCUCCAGAUCGAGCGCAAGAUGUCCAACCCGACCAUGAAGUCGUUCUCGGACCUCUGCUUCCUGGUGCCGCACCUGCUCCUCGAGUCGGGCCGCAAGGAGAUCCUCGCCGCCUACCUGCGCUACCUCGCCCGCCUGGCCAUCGUCAAGUUCGGCAAGCACCCCGUCGCCGAGCUGGCCGCCUCGUUCGCCAAGCUGGCCGACGAGCGGCCCGAGGACAUGAUGCGCUACAUCAUGGUGCUCUCGCAGAUCCACGCCGACACCAUCGCCGCCCUUCCCGGUAUGCUCGAGCGCAACCGCCAGUGGGCCCGCAACCAGUACCUCGCCUGCCAGCGCACCGUCGCCACCACCGCCUUCUCUUCUUCCUCCUCCUCCUCCUCCUCCAGCAGCAGCAGCAGUAGCAGCAGGAAACUCGCGGCGGUCGGCCGGCCGCACGACCACCACAUGAUCCGGCUCGAGGCGCAGAGCGUCUACUGGGCGCAGGCGCUCAUCAUGCAGGACCCCGAGGUCGACGCCAUGGCGCAGCAGUGGCUGCGCCGGCAGUUCGACGCCGACUUCAGCGCCAAGUGCGAGGCGCACCUGGCCGCCCUGCAGGCGCGCGUCGCCGAGGGCUCCUUCCCCGCCGUCUUCGCCCGCCUGAUGGAGUGCCUCUUCGUCGGCUGGCUGUACGACUACUACGAGACCGUCGAGGACUGGGACCGCGCCUUCCGCUGGGGCCGCCUCGGCCUCGACCUCUGCACCGACGAGCAGUACGCCAUCUGGUCCAUCCACCUCGAGAAGCUGAUGGCGAGGCACGGCAGGCCCGGCGAGGCGGCCGAGCUGCGCCGGCGCAGGCAGCAGCAUGCUUGGAUGGAGAAGGUCCGGUUGGAGGUGGAUCGGCUGACGCUCGGCUGACGCUCGGCUGAAAGGGGCGGCUGAGGGGGGCGGCUGCUUGCUUGGGAGGAUUGUCGGAAUGGGAGGGAGAAGGAGGGUGGGUAUCUAUCAUCUGCUUGGUUACAUCAGCAACUUUGUUUGCUUGGAGUAUUUAGCGUCGGGCGUCGUAUGUA